AUGAUCACACCGAAGUUUACCUGCACACAGGAUGAUGAAUCUGUUACCGUUUCAUGUUACAUGCCUUCUAUUAGGGCAUCAGAGGUGGAGAUAGAUGUAGAUAGAACACAUUUUUCUCUCUACGUCCACCCAUAUUUUUUGCGCCUGACCUUUCCUCAGGCUCUGAUAGAGGAUGAUGAUUCCUACGCGAGAUAUGACCCUUCGUCGGCUUUCCUGAAUGUGAAGUUAACGAAGGAGGACAAAGGUGUCUAUUUUCCGGAUCUCGAUUUGUUGUCCCGGCUUCUCGUUCCCCCAGCAUCCACAUCUCAGAACGCCAGGGGGAGCGACGAUGGAGAUAUUUCUGAGGGCGUGACAGAUUCUAUCCAGGGUUUGACCCUUGGUGGUCGUAAAUCUUCUGCCACACUUGAGGUGUCAUCGCGUCCACUCAUCGAAGUGCUUAAAUCAACUGAUUCUAAAGAGGAAAGUGAAGAUAUGAGGCUUGAGAGGUUGAAAAGGGAGAGGGGAAUUUUCCUUAAAGCUGCAGCGAAUGACUGGCACUAUCCAGCGCCCGAGGCAACGGAGGAUCCAACUAUCACACUCUCCAUCAAGAAUCAAUAUGGUUUUCUAGACGCCUACUCUGGGUUUUUCAAACUUUCCAGUCAAACAGGGAAUGACGUGAAUGAACUUGGAGAUCUCGCUGAGACGAUCGCCCCUUCGGUCCGCACGGAGAUGAGGCUUGCUCAUGAAGACGAGAAAUGGGACGAAGAAUACUACAUUGCUGAGUUUGUAGAAGACGAAGAGAUCCAAGAGAUUAUCAAAUGGAAGCAUCCCUUUGAUGACCCAUCACAAGAAAUAGAAUUUACAGAUGCGGAACGCGACAAGAUGCUCGAAUUGCCUCGGAAGGAAUACUUGCCCGCACCACAACAAACAACGUCUCUUUAUCUCACACUCGUCAGUAUCCUCUUCUCAUACUGCUAUGACUUGCGCACUACGCAGCAUGAACCAACUGCCGAAUCCGCUUGGACCAUCGCCACCCUCACUCCUUGCAUGUCCGCUCUUGACGUCGCUGGUACCACUGUGCUGGUGAGAUCGUAUCGUCGGGCCCUUGCUUUCCCGCUCUACCGUAAUUGGUUGUUGUGUGAAAGGCUGCGCAAGGAUGUCGCCAACAUCCUUGCUGCUGGACAACGAGCGGUGACUCGAGCAUUGCUCGAAGCGAAAAGCAUCCUUGAGCAUAGUGACACAUAUUACGUAUACAGCAAGAUGUGGAUGGAAGAUUAUUGUGUCUGGAUCCAGACAGGAGCCAGUGACGAGGCAUUGAAGAAACUUAGCCGGGAUGUCACUGAGGUGAAAAUCAGCAAAUCAACCAUUGGGUGGCCAUUGGAGGAGCUCGAAGAGGCAGUUCUAGAUGCACGGCGGGGUGAAGAGCCCGAAGCAGACUCAGAUGACGAGUGA